GCUCUCACUGGGCUCCUCCCUCGCACGCAGCCGGGGCUCCGAAUUUCUGCUGAGCAAUCGUUGGCGCUUAGAGACUCGACUGAAGGAUCGCGAAGGAACGCAGGCCGCCUUGCCCCGCAGCGCGUGCGUCGGCCCCCAGGUGCGAGGGGAAGAGAGAGAGAGCGAAGAGGGGAGCUUGACCCCCGCCGAUCCCUAUCGACCCCCCAUCGACCCCCCUGCCCCCCGCGCUCCGGCAGCAUGGCGUCGUCGGCACCAAGGCAACGCGACGAGGGCCAACACGCGCCAGUUCCGACCGAGAGCCAGAAGCAGCUGCACGAUGCUCGCCGCACAGACUCCCCGUCUCUCGUGACCGCUUCCUCGCCAGCGCCCACGACCACCACGCCCUCGAGAGCUCCAGCAGGCAGUGACGACUGCACCCACCGUGACAAACACCCAAAGGCGCCCACAGAGGCUAGCGACGACUGCAAGGCUCCUACCGUGGCCGAGACACGCGACGACCGCAGCGGGGAGGAUCGCCUGGACGACCACCACGAGCACGACCCGGAGGAAGAGCAGUGCCUGCUGGACAUGGACGCUUGCUUCAAGGCCUUCGACAAGGACGAGGAUGGAUUCCUCAGCCAGAACGAAUUCGCCGCCCUCUGCCGCGCCCUCUUCAGGAACGACCGGGGAAAGCCCUACCCCGUGGAGUCCUCGAUGCUGAACACCAUCUUCACCAUCUUCGAUACGAAUAAGACAGGUUCUCUUGUUCUCGAUGCCCUGUGGCCGAGCGCGGAACAGGUUCUCUAG